CCAAUGGAGAAGAUACUUGAAGUUGUUGGGGAUAGAAGGCCCAAGACUAAGAUUGUGUGCACGUUGGGACCGUCAUCGCGGUCUGUGGAGAUGUUGGAGAAGCUUCUGAGGGCCGGCAUGAAUGUUGCUCGCUUCAACUUCUCACAUGGAACUCAUGCUUACCACCAAGAAACUCUUGACAAUCUCAGGAUUGCCAUGAACAACACUGGCAUUCUCUGUGCUGUCAUGUUGGACACUAAGGGUCCAGAAAUUCGAACAGGGUUGCUGAAAGAUGGGCAAUCCAUAGAUCUUAAACAGGGUCAAGAGAUCACCAUCACCACUGACUAUACAAUUCUUGGUGAUGAGAACGUGAUCUCUAUGAGCUACAAAAGGUUGGCUGAGGAUGUGAAACCCCAAACUGAUAUCUUGUGUGCUGAUGGGAAAAUUACUUUAAAGGUUCUGGCUUGUGACAAGGAGCUCGGUUUGGUACACUGUCGCUGUGAGAACUCUGCAGAGUUGGGUGAGAAGAAGAAUGUCAAUCUCCCUGGAGUGGUUGUUGAUCUGCCAACUCUAACAGAGAAGGACAAAGUUGAUAUCUUAGAGUGGGGAGUUCCGAAUAAGAUUGACAUGAUCGCGCUCUCUUUCGUGCGCAAAGGUUCAGACCUUGUUGAGGUCCGAAAAGUGUUGGGGGAGCAUGCAAAGAAUAUAAUGCUUAUGUCCAAGGUUGAGAAUCAAGAAGGGGUUGCAAAUUUCGAUGAAAUUCUUGCAAACUCGGAUGCAUUUAUGGUGGCAAGGGGUGACCUUGGAAUGGAAAUUCCAAUUGAGAAGAUAUUCUUAGCUCAGAAGUUGAUGAUAGAGAAGGCCAACAGACAAGGAAAGCCGGUGGUGACUGCUACUCAGAUGUUGGAGUCCAUGGUCAAAUCUCCUCGUCCCACCCGAGCUGAAGCCACUGAUGUUGCCAAUGCAGUCCUUGAUGGAACCGACUGCGUGAUGCUCAGCGGAGAAACUGCAGCCGGAGCCUAUCCUGAAAUUACAGUUCAAACCAUGGCCAAAAUCUGUGUUUCUGCAGAGGAUUCUAUAAACUAUGGGGAGCUCUUCAAGAGAAAGAUGGAUGCUGCACGAAUGCCUAUGACCCCAUUAGAGAGCUUGGCCUCCUCAGCAGUGCAGACGGCAAAUUGCACCAAGGCUGCUCUGAUUUUAGUCCUCACCAGAGGAGGAAGCACAGCGAAGCUUGUGGCUAAAUACAGGCCAAGCAUGCCAAUUUUGUCUGUGGUGGUGCCUGAGAUAACAACAGACACUUUUGAGUGGUCAUGCAGUGAUGCAGCUCCAGCAAGGCAUAGCCUCAUCUACAGGGGUGUUCUGCCUCUUCUCAGCUCUGGUUCCAUUAGAGCUUCUCAUGCUGAGUCCACAGAAGAGAGCAUACAGUCUGCCAUUCAAUAUGCAAAGGAAAAGGGUCUCUGCAAGCCUGGAGAUUCGGUUGUGGUUCUGCACCGCGUUAACACUGACAUGAUCAAGAUUUUGACUGUGAUGUGA